AUGGCUUAUACUGAACGUCCUAGCUCAAACUCUCUUGACCCUCACAACUAUGCAGCAAUAAAGCUAGCACAAGGUUUAGGGCAGAGUGGUGGUCGCAUUGACGUUGACAAGGUUGGUUUGCUGCGACCCUCUGCACCUGCGCUUCCAUUGGACGAACUUCGCCGUCGAUUCGAGGAGGAUGGAUACCUCUUUGUUAAAGGACUUAUUCCCCGUGAGGAUGUUCUGGACGCUAGGGAGAACUAUUUCAACGCCUACGCCCACACAUCUCUUCUGCAACCGGGGUCAUCCCUGCGGGAUGGUAUCUUCAACAACUCGUCUCAUCCCGAUCUACACAAGGGCAUUGGUGGUCAAGGCCUGCCGGCUGAUCCUGUCGAGGCUAAGAUUCUUAUCGACGCCCACUCCGACCCCAAGUACCGUGCCUUUGUCGAGCAUCCCGCUCUGACGCAUUUCAUCCGGCUGUUGAUGGGCUGGAAACAGCAUGUGCUGCUGGACCGAACGAUGCUGCGCCAUAAUGUCCCCUUUGGGAUGGGCACUGGCAUACAUUACGAUAAGCUUUUUCUGCGCGGAGGCGAGGGAUACUGCCUCACUGCUUGGGUCCCAAUUGGCGAUAUCUCAAUCAAUGGUGGAGGACUGUGCUACCUGGAGAAGUCUGUAGCGCUAGGACAUGAGAUUGAGGAGGAUUUUACCACUCGCGCUGCCGGGUUCACGACUGAGCAGCGCCUUUCCGCCUAUAACGUCAACAUGAUGGCUGGUGGAAUGCUGGCCAAGUCGCCUAACGAGUUCGUGUCAGAUCAUCCAACCUCCAAGUCUCAAAAGUGGCUGGCCACUAAUUAUGAGGCGGGCGACGUGGUUUUCCAUCAUCCGUAUACCAUCCAUGCUAGUGGGCGCAACGAGGAUGCGCAGGGGCGCAUUCGAUUGAGUACGGACUUGCGUUUCUAUGAGACUGGGGAUGCGGGGAUGGAUGAGCGGUGGUUCAAGAUCUGGGAUCCCAAUGAUGGACUGUAAAUUUUGGGGUACAUUCGGU